AUGUUUUUGUCAAGUUCAGAAUAUACUUCAAAUGAUUUACUGAAUUCAAAUCGUAAAUCAUCCACUUUAUCAUCGUCAACUUCACCAACGACAAUGCCAACAUCAUCAUCAUCAUCAUCUAUACGUUUUCGUGGUAAUAAAUUUGGACGUCUUAAAACAAAAUGUUUAAACCUCAAUAGAUAUCAACAAAACUAUUCAUUAUCUAAUAAUCGUUUACAUUUAUGUAAUAAACCAAAUCAUUUCAAUUCAAUAAUGACAACAUCUGCAUUGAAAGCUAUUCGUAGAUCAACAAUUAACCUUCCUAAUACUCAUUGGCCAAAUUUGUCUUUAGGAUCACAAAUUACAACAACAACACCACCAUCAUCAUCAUCAUCACCAGCAUUUACAUCAAUAAUAGAUCAGAAAUUAAAGUCAAAUUUCUUAACUGAUCUACAAUUUCCUGAAACCAAUAUAAACAAUACUAAUGGAUUAUUGUCUUCUUCUGCAUCAAACUUACGUGGUAAUCAUCAUCAGCAUAAUAAUAAUAAUCCUAACAAUACGAAUAAUAAUUUAAUUGAUCGUCCAGUAGUUGUAUUAAAUCCUGAUGAACCACGUGAAAUAUUUAUUGGUGGUGUACAAUCUGUUGCAUUACCAUUAUGGGCAUAUUGUAAAUGUUUAACAAUGGUACGUGGUGAACCACAUGAAUUAGGACCACGUUUAUGUUUACGUCUAUUACAAAGUUUAUUUAGUUUACAUUAUUUAGUUACACAUAAUUAUAAUGGUUCCGGUGGUAAAGCACCUAUUGAUCCAAUUGUAAUGAGUGCUGUAUUACGUCAAGCACAAUUACAAUUUGGUUCAGGUUAUUUUUUUACUGAACCAAUGGCUUUAGGUAAAUUAAGAGAUUAUUUAAAUAAUGCUUUUCGUGUAAUGGCAUUUAGACAACGUAAAGGUGAACGUGUAAGAUCACCAUUUUGGAAUGAAAAAGGUGAACCAAUACAUGAUUUAGAAGCACCGGUGGAAUUUUCAAAUAUUACUGAUAUUAUUGUUAUACCACAUUCAAUUAAUACUACUACUACUACUACUACACCUAACACUAACACUACUACUGUUAUUACAGCUACAACAACCUUAUCAACAACUACAUCAAUGUCAAAUGAAUCUGAUAGGAAUAUGAAUUCAAGAUGAACAAUGAUUAAAGAAAAUACAUGCGGAUUAAUUUUUUUUUUAAAAAGUAUCUUUACUUUGAUCCAUUUCAUCCUUUCAUAAAAUGAUUCUUUCAAACUAUGAGUAGUAUGUAUAUUUGUUUACUUCAAUGAAACCAUUCAAUAAUAUACACUUAUACAAUGUUAAUUAUAUUGUUUCAUAAAUAAUUUAAAAUAACCAACCACGGUGAGGGGGGGGUAGGAUUAAACAAAUUCACUUGGAAUGUACUCUUUAUUGUUACUAAUGAAAUGAUGUUCAACUAUUGUAAUUAAUUCAUUCAUUCAUAAUUCAAUAAUGAUAUUCAUUGAAUAAAAUAAAGAAAGAGAAUGAAGGGAUAUUCAAAAGAUCAUUAUGAUGAAUGAGAGAAAGAGAGAGAUUCUAUCACUUGUAUUUAGGCUACAAAUACAUGGGGUAUUAUGUAUACAUAUAAUAAUAAUAAUAAUAAUAAUA